UCCAGUCGUGAGCUAUCCUGCGUCCGGUGUAGACGUGCCUCUGUGUCGCUCGUUCGUUCGCCGGAAAACGAACAGAGCAGCUUGCGAGCUAUUCAGUGGUUGAUUAUCAGCUCAGCUGGGAAGAAAUGCUUGUCGUCUACGCUGCUUCUUUGGGUUCGUGGGUGCGGUGAGCCGCAUGUAACGGUGACUUGUGUAAAUGCAUCUGUUAGUUCGUUUUGGUGUAUCAUUCAAUCCGUCGUCAUCAUCUGGCGUGUUAUGUUUUGGAGCAUAAAAUUGCCAGACCAUGCUUUUUCUGUGCUGCUUAUUCUUGUUCUCGUUUGAAGAGUUCAAAUAAAAAAAAAAAAAACAGGAGUAACAUUAUAGGAAAACCGAUUCUCUCCCGGUUGAGAGUAAUGUUGCUUUGGUAGGGCUCGCUCUCUUGGCUGCCGUUGCUGUCGCCUACUGAAUCGGCCGUCAGUCCUAGAAUCGCGUAUCCCUUUUGAUCGUAGUUGACCCCGAGUCCGUCGCCUGCUGCCUGACUGCUGUUAUAGAGGGAGGAUGAUGAUGGCUGCAAAAAUGGAUGCGUGAGCCAAAGUGAAAAAAAUGAUUCUUCCUCCAUCGAACGCGGGUGCAAACGCGACUUGGUUGCUUUGAUGGUGAUUAGGCGAAACAGGCAAAGUGAGUGGAUAAAGUGAAACUGGAAGCUCGUUGUUCGAUGGAAAAUCAGGAUGACCCGUGACAGAAAAGCAGUGAAUAUGUUACGGUUUGGGCGAAAAAUCAAUUUUCCUACAAAGUAAUUGCUUUUAUGUGGCUUGUUGGCAGUGUUCGAGGCCUGGCGUUGGGAAUGUGAAGUGCAGUGCAAUCGGUUUUCUUUUCAAACGGGCGGUGCGUGAGUUGAUACCAUUUAAAUCGCUAAGGAAAGGAUUGUAAUGAAAUUCCCCGCACGCCAGAAAAAGGUGUGGUGCGUCAGUCGUUGUCGUCGUCGUCAUCUUCUUCGUCCUGGUUGCAUGGGGAAAAGUCAGUGAAAAUUUUUCGAUAUAGCAGCAACUACACUAACAAGGCUCGCAUGAAAUGUACGGUAACGGGGCGCAGUAACAACAUCAAUAGCAGAAACGGCAGCAGAAGGGAAAACAGGAUACUGGUGGUCCCAGAGAAAUAGAGAGAUAACGGGAGUGAAGCUCUGCAUGAGAGAGCAUUUUAAGGAUAAUGCUCUUCCUUGAAAAACGAGAGAAAGUAGGAGAGAGUUGUUGACAGUGGUGAAGGCGCACUGGGCGCUCACAGCUGUAGCGUUUAUUGUGUAAACAUAAACUGGGGCCAGCAAGCGAGUGUCCCGCGACAGGAUUUUUAACACAGUUUGACGACAGGCACUUUAGCUGGAUACGAUACAGAAGGGGUGCAGGAGCUGGAAACAAUGGCUAUUCCCGUAUUUUUGGAAGGCCGCGUGGGUUCAACGCCGGACAAGGGCGUCCCGGAUAUGACAUGCAUCUCGGACAUCGACGAAAAUGGCAUCAACCGCAACCUGAAAGUGCGCUACGAACGAGACCAGAUUUACACCUACACGGGAUCGAUUCUGGUAGCCGUCAACCCAUACAAAGAGAUCGAAUGCUACACGCAGAAAUACGUUGCCAAAUACCAUGGCCAAAAGCUGGGACUUUUAGAACCUCAUGUAUUUGCACUGGCUGAGGCCGCGUACCGAAAUAUUCGUGAUAACGAAACCAAUCAGUCAUGCGUCAUCUCCGGCGAGUCUGGUGCCGGAAAGACCGAAACCACCAAAUUCAUCCUACAGUACCUCUGUUCGGUUACCUGCGAUGUGUCCACCUGGGUGCAGCAGCAGAUUCUCGAGGCCAACACAAUCCUGGAAGCGUUCGGCAAUGCCAAAACCAUCCGAAACGACAACAGCUCCCGCUUCGGCAAGUUCAUGCAGGUGUGCUUCGACUCCAAGUGGUGCAUCAAGGGAUGCAUCAUCCAGGACUACCUGCUGGAACAGUCCCGGAUAACGUUUCAAAGCCCCGGCGAACGGAACUACCACGUACUCUACCAACUGGUGGCCGAAGGGUGCAGCAACAAAGAAGUGGCUGCAUCCUUGCACCUGAAGGAUGCAGCCUUCUAUCGAUAUCUGAAUUCUUCCGAGUCCUCGGCGCAAGACGAGCUGGACAUUGCAGCCGAAUCGAAAAAGUUUGAAGCCCUAAGGUUAGCGUUCAACGUCCUGCAAAUCUCGCAACCCUUGAUCGAUGGGAUCUUCAAAGUGUUAAGUGCCAUAUUGUGGUUAGGUAAUCUAGACUUCGCCGACAUAGAUGGAGAACGGUGCGAAUUGGCAGAGCAGGACAAGGCGAUUGUUCCGAUCGUGGCCGAACUGCUGGGUCUGCAAGGUGAAGAUCUCGAACAGGUCCUUCAAAAGCGUCAGAUUAACGUCCGAGGGAACAUUACGGAGAUCCCACUGAAGUUGCAGGAAGCUCGCGAGAAUCGCCAUGCUAUGGCAAAGGCACUCUACUCAAGGACAUUCGCUUGGUUGAUCAGUCACAUCAACACCUGCAUCAAUCCGGGUCAGGAUGCAUCUCGAUUUCUGGGGGUGCUGGACAUCUUCGGUUUCGAGAAUUUCAAUACCAAUUCGUUCGAGCAGCUGUGCAUCAACUAUACCAACGAGAAGCUGCACAAAUUCUUCAAUCACUAUGUGUUCGCUCUAGAACAGGAAAUUUAUCGACAAGAGGAGAUCAAAUUCUCGCACAUUCAGUUCACGGACAACACACACUGUCUGGAGUUGAUCGAAAAGCCGCCACGCUGUAUUCUGAAGCUUCUGACGGAGCAGUGCCAUAUGCCAAAGGGUUCGGACACGGCCUACCUCACGAACUUGCACAGUGAGUUCGAGAGUCAUCCACGGUACGUCAAGGGUCAAGAUCGACGGCACUGGGAGUCGGAGUUUGGUAUUCGACACUACGCAGGGUGCGUAAGCUACACAGUGAAAGGCUUUGUAGAUAAAAAUAGGGACGUGCAACAAGACGUACUGUUUGACCACAUGAGUCGAAGUACGAACACCUUUGUUCAGGAGAUUGCAUCGUUCCAAGAUCUACUUAGCAUUCAACAGGUGCAGACCGCUUCUGCGGUGGGUACUGUCUCGCGAGGGACCUCCAAAGGAAAGCUCACCGUAAGCGACACUUUCCGGCAACAGUUGCAAGCUUUGGUAGACGUGCUGCAGAGCACAAAUCCCUGGUAUGUACGCUGCAUCAAACCAAAUUCGGAUAAGUUACCAAAUGACUACGACGACCAGCUGGUGCUAGAUCAACUAAGGUAUCUGGGUAUGCUGGACAUCAUCCGGAUCCGUCGGGAGGGUUUUCCAGUACACUUAACCUUCGACGACUUUGUACAGCGUUACCAGUGUCUCACAAAGCGCUUCCGUAAUUUAUCCAGCCAAGAUCAAGCGCUAGCAGUGAUACGGGAACUAAACGUUCCGCAAACGGAGUGGCAAACCGGCAAAACCAAAGUAUUUCUGCGGAGUGUCGUCCACGAACCGCUGGAGGAUGCCCGUAAGCAGGUCAUCAACUCGAAGGCCUUAGUCAUCCAAAGAAACUGGAAACGCUACAGCCAGCAGCGGAACUUUGCCAAGCUUCGAGCUGCAGCACUCAGGAUACAGCACGCGUACAAAGGCUGGAAACUACGGAUCGAGUUUCUCAAGAAACGUCGAGCUGCUAUUGUCAUCCAGAGCCAUCUGCGGGGUGUUUUUGCCAGGGAGGUGGCUACAGCGCUUCGAGAAAUGCGACGCGUGGACGAAGAGAUGCGCAAACGGGAACGGCUGGAAGCCGAACGAAAGGAACGAGAGGCGGCGCAAGCGGAGGCUGAUAGGAAGGCACUGGAGGAGAGCGAAAGCAUGCGUAAAAGUAGUGACGGACACCACCGGACUAGCUCCGAGUCGGGGGUCGCUAAGCAAGAGAUUUUAGCCCUGUCGCAAAUGGCCGAGCAAAUUAACUCCAAGCUGCACUCGCAACAACAGCAACAUGCCGCCAACAACAAUAAUAACAACAAUAACAUCAACAACAAUGGCCCAAGCAAAGACGCCCUCCUUAACGGGAAUGCCAGUUCCGGUUCGGCAUCGCCGGCUGUUUCGCUGGCCGCUUCCAGUGCCGCUAACCACGCCCAUCAGCAGAGCAACGAAUCGGUCGAUCUUGAUAAUCUGUUCGCCUUUCUCAGCGAGGUGCAACCCAAUGGUGCCAAUUCCAAUGCCAUCAUCGACGAAAUCGGCGAAAAGAUGGACAAUCUGGUGGAGGACCUGGACGUGGAGCUCGAAUCGGUCAUCCAGCAGGAGAUCGAGGGGUUGACGAGUGAGCGGAAUAAUAAUGUUAAUAAUCGUGCCGGCGGCGGCCCUCCGCAACCGCCGCCAAUGAUGAACGGAUUGGCCGCCAAUGGAAUCAAUAACAAUAACAACAACAUGAUCAUGAACAAUAAGCCGACGACGCCGAAGCCGAUGGGAAUUCCAUCUCUUCCGGAGCCGACGAUGCCCCCGCCACCGAUCCCAACCGACAACAACAACAGUUCACUGCCAAACUCGAUGCCGGUUCCGUCCACAAAGGACCAGCACCACAUCCGCCGCAAGGAAGAACCCAUCUACGAAGCCGUCAUCCAUCUCAAGGAACUUCCACCGCCUCCCGAAGCUCAGGAAAAAGUCCCACCGGUGCCGCAGCACCAGCCUGGACAGGCUCCACCCUCGCUCCAGCAGCAACUUCAACAACAGCACCAGCAGCAGUUGGCAGCGCAUCAACUCAGCCUGCAACAUCAGCUUCAACAGCAACAGCAGCACAACAGUCAUGCUCCUCCACCUCCUCCGCAUGCCCAUGGAGUUAUCCAUCAACCGCAGCACAUGGAGAAUGGAAGUCAUAAGUUGCGACCAAAGAGUCCAGCAGUUAUCCGAUCGGCGAGCCCGGUUCAACGAGGCUCCGGUGGACCAAUGAGCCCAUCCUCGCCGAAGCACAGUCGGCCGAGUUCGCGAGCUUCAUCUACUGGUGGAGGUCACCCGUUAGCAGAGCGCGAACAGCGUCGUAAGUACCGAGUGGAGAAGAAACUCCAGGAGAUGCAGCAGAUGGACAUUACCGAACGGGAGAAGGAACUGCUGCGAGAUGACGUAUACUACGACAUUCUGGAGUUUGCCGAAAGCUACUACAACACCCACGAACGAUCACCGGAGGGAACCAUCAUGGCGACCUUGACUCGAAAAGGUCGCAAGUCGGUCGACAUGGUGCCAAAGUAUGAGAUGAUCACGUACUACCGUGGCAAUACAAUCCCGUCGUCCCAUAUUCAUAUGUACGAUCCGGAGAACGUGACGAUUGCGUGCAAUAUUUUUAGAGAUCUUUGUAAAUACAUACGUGGUGAGCUAAGCAACGAGAAGGAACUGCAGGUUAUACAGUUCAUCAUCGGGCAGGGGAUCGAGCGGGAGGAACUGCGAGACGAAAUCUUCGUGCAAUGUAUGCGCCAGUCAACGAACAACCCGAGCGUGGACUGGACCGAUCGUGUAUGGCUGCUACUCUGCCUAACAAUUGUAGCGUUCCAGCCCAGUAAACUACUGUUCCGAUACUUUGUGAGUUUUCUCAAAAAGAACCUGGAGACGUUGGAGGGCAAGCUGAGGCAGUACGUGCAGUGGUGCUUAGACAAUUGCAAGAACACAAAGGUUCGCUGCCGACAGUAUGCUCCAUCCAGUGUUGAAAUAGCGGCCAUGCGUCGCUUGGGAACGAUCGUGUGUCGAUUCUUCUUCCUUGAUGGCCGUACCAAGGCCAUAGACGUGCACCCGACAGAUACGGCCAGUGAUGCCGUUGCCAAACUAGCGGAGAAACUGGGCUUAUGUAACAUAGAGGGUUGGGCUAUUUAUCAGUCGCGACCAGACGGUGAGGAGCACGUCAAGUCUCAUGAUUAUCUCUACGACAUCAUUGCAGCAUGGGAAGCCAAACAAACGAAAAUUCAUGCCGGAAGUUCAACACUUCGCAAGAACGCGACAACUCUGGGUUCAGGGGAAAAUCGGUUUGUCUUCAAGAAGCGGCUGUUCAAGAGCACCCGUGAAUUAUCACAGGAUCCAGUCGAAGUUAACAUGCUGUACGCGCAAGCCGUUUACAGUGUUGUGAAGUGUGACGACUUCCCUGUAUCGGAGAAGGUGGCUCUGCAGCUGGCUGGUCUACAGGCACAAGUCGCGCUAGGCGAUCCUUCAAACCAGCCCAAACCCGAAUACUACUCGGACGUGGCCAGCUAUCUACCGGAACGUGUUAGCAAAUCUCGUGAGGAGCAGUUCUGGGUUCCGAUUUUGGCGCAGGCCCAUCGGCAGUAUGGCGCUGGCCGUACAGAACUUACCGCUAAGGUCUUGUAUCUUUCUUGUGUGAUGCAGUAUCCGCUGUACGGUACCACUAUGUUUGCUGUAUCGUAUCGGGGCUAUUGGAGCUACGGAAAUAGUCUGAUCCUCGGCGUUAACUGCGAAGGCAUCAUCCUUAUCAAACCGGAUGACAAAUUUGUGCUGUCCGAGAUCCGGUACAGCGAUAUUGAGUCGAUCAUGCUAGAUCCGAGUGAUAGCUUCAUUACGAUCAGCCUGAACCGCCAUACAAGCACAAACAAUACCACGGAUCAGCAGCGAUGCUUCGUGUUCGAAACGUCGCAGAAGAACGAGAUCGGAUCUCUGAUCGUGUCUUACUUCCCGGCGUUAUCGAACUGGAUCACUGAAAACGAGGUCCCCGUUAAGAAAAGCAAGGGGAUCACCAACGAAGAUCGCGUCAGGCUGCAUCACAAUGUGGUUGUAUGUCGGCGACACCUGGUGGAUGCAGAAAUCCUCCGAAAGCCGCAAGAUCCUAGCGGUGGCUUUUUAAGAAAUACACUGCGGCGAUUGUCCAAGCAUCGGCUGGAGAAGCUUCGUGCCGAACAUGGUAGUUCGGCGCAUGAUCACGGCGAAACGUACAAGGGCUUCCCACAUGCAUACUGGGCUUUCAGUCGGCAAGCUCUACCACAGAGUAUGAGCAAGUUACCAGAUCAAGAAGAACAAGCCAUGGUUCAGGUGUUCAACUCGAUCUUGACCUACGCUGGUCUCGGUCAAAACGGUGAAACCGUACAAAGAGCCGAGGACGAACACAUUACCUUGAUUCAAUCGAUCAUGGAUCGUUGCAUGCGCAAGGAAUCUUUAUUGAACGAACUCUAUCUGCAGCUGAUUAAGCAAACGACCGAUCAUCCGGAUCCCAACUCCCGAGUUAAUCUACGCCACUGGGCACUGCUAUCGCUGGCAUGUAGCGUAAUUCUUCCCCCGCAGAAAGUAGUUAGAAAAUAUUUGAUAGGCCACCUGAAACGUUGUGCUAGCGAUUUCAUUAGCGAAGAAGGCAAGUACGCUCGCUUUGCCGAAAAGUGUUUCUUCAAGACGCAGGGAACUCGAAGAAGACAGUGGCCUCCGAGUCGGGAAGAGAUCGUCUGUACGAUCAAUCGAAGACCGAUCUAUGCUCGGUUCCACUUCAUGGAUGGACAGUACCAUUCGGUGGAGUUCCAUCCAAGUUCGACGUCGAGGGAAGUUAUGGAGAUCGUCAAGAAGAAAAUAGGUUUGCAGGAGAAUGCACAAGGCUAUGCCAUUUACGAAGUGCUAGGAGCUUCCGAACGCGCUUUACUUCCGGAUGAAAAGGUCGCUGAUGUGAUGUCAAAAUGGGAGAAAUACCGAACGGCGGCAGCACAGGCCGUUCAGCAGAAUCAGAACUCGAGUCUUCCGCCGGCAUGUCGAAGGCAACAUCAUUUGUUCUUGUUUAAAAAGCAUCUCUUCUGCGAUCAGUACAUGAACCUGGAGGAUCCGGUAGAAAAAGAACUGCUUUAUCACCAGGUGUUGCACGGUUUGAGAACCGAGCGGUUCCCAAUUUCUGAAAUGGAAGCGAUUAUGUUGACGGCCCUUCAAGGUCAGCUCGAGUUGGGUGAUUGCACGGACGUGGUUCAGGACUACCGUGCGAUAGCGGCCCACUGUCUACCGCCACGCUUCGUUCCGAACAUCCCGCACGAGGGAGUGGCCAUGCAUCACCAAAGCUUGCGAGGAAUGACUUCGGCCGAGGCGAAGAAGUCCUUCCUCAAUCUGAUUCAAAGCUGGCCCCUGCACAAGGCGACCAUCUUUGAUGUGAUGCAAUCGUUUACCUCCAACUGGCCUCGGAUACUGUGGCUGGCGGUGGACCAGAAGGGUCUGCACCUGCUGGAGCACCGAUCACGCAACACACUGUGCACGUACGAGUACCAGUCGAUUUUGUCCUUUUCGCCGAACAUGAACUGCUUGAUGAUCAUCACCGGAUCGGACAAGAAGCAGUCGAAGGUUAUACUGACGACGUCACAGGCCUUCCAAAUCGCCAACCUGAUCCGGGAGUACAUGGAAGUCAUCCAGUCGCAGUUGAAUGAGGAAUCUCAGAAGGAUCCCAACGCCGGAACAGCGGUAGCUCCUCAGGUUCCACCGCACAAUCAGCCGCUUCCGCCACCGCAUCAGAACCUGACGCCGCAGCAGCAACAGCAGUUGCAUCUACAGCAGCAACAGCAACAAGCACUGUUACAGCAACAGCAGGACCACAGAAAGUCCGGUCAGGGUGGUCAGACUAGGCCUUCUUCGAUGGCGAUGCUGCGACAGUCAGGAGGAGCCGCUCUGGUUGCGCCGCAACCAAGUUAAGAGGCGAUGAUUGCGGAAAAGGGAAUGUUACAGAGUAUUAGCUUAAAUAUCAGUAAUAAUUGUAAAACACUCACGAAGGGACGAUGUUGCAUUAAAUACGGAAAGAUUACAAUAAAAAUGUAUGUGUGAGAGACUGAUAAACAAGUUAUUAAGAGUUAAGAAAAUUUCGGACGCGCGUGAAAGGUUUGAUAAUCAGUUUAAGAAUGUUCAUAAAACUACUCGAAUCAACACGCGUGAUUUAGAUCUCAGUCAAGACGCAUGGAAAUCAAAAUUUUCUACUUACAACAAUAUCAAAUUGUUCCACGAAAUCAAAAUAUAAUCAUGAUAACCAUCAAUAACCAUGAAUAUAUGCUACAAUAAUCAAACAAGAUUACCGAUAGAAAUUCUGAUUUUCGUUGCGUCACUGAAAUCAAAGUUAAAAGUUUUUAACUAUCAUAGUCAAAUUUCGUAGUUUCAGUUACCUGAGCAAAGCGACCGAUAGAAUGCAUCCACGUCAAGUAGUAGAAUCUCCCUCACAAUCGUAUCCUUUGCGCGCUUUGAUGAUCUCAUUUAGUCGAAAUAACUGUACGUAAUUUGCUCACACUACAGAAGAACACAUGUUUAAUAAGCAAAAGAAUUGGUUCCGAUUCUUAUGGACUUGUUAUUAGCGAUUCACAGGUAUAACGAUUCAGAAGUUAGAAGCGCCUUUCACAACCCCUAGCACUUAGCACAAAGCACACUAACGCAAAACUGCCUUCGUUUCCACUUUGUUCGAUGUGUCUUUCGCUUCCUAUUUAUUAUAUUAUUUUUCUACAACAAUUCAACUGUCAAACUGUUUUACGAAUUGUUCGGGACUCAGGCCAUUACGAGUAAAAUUUAGUAAACUAUCUUUAGCUACCUUUCUCUCUUUGUUCGUGUUAUGAUUUUUCGGUUCGAAAAACGUGUGAUAUGCUGUGUUGAUUUUCUAUCAGUGCAUUGAAAUACGCAGAAAUCUCUUUUUGAUACAAAUUUUCGUGUAAUUAUUUAGCACGUAAGUAAAUCUCGGAUAGAUUAAGCUUAUCGAUAAUUUCCUCUAGAGAUACGUACGAAUGUGAGUAAUUUAUUUAUAAACGAAUAUUUAUUUGUAUGAUGAUAUUGGGGUUGUCCGACAUUUCGCGGUAAACCAUUCCGCGGUCAACCAUUUCGCGGUGUAUCAUUUCGCGGUUGAUAUCGUUUUGCGGUUUACCGUCUUGCGGUUAGUACCAUUUCGCGGUAUGCCGUUUUGCGAUCUAUACCAUUUCGCGGUGUGGUUUUUCCUACGAGUUGCACUGAAAAUUGUUGGCAUUAUCACUAAUAAUAUUUUCAUCGGUGAUUUACCCUUCUUUUGAACACAGGCAAUCCUUCAAAUUGCACUCUUAGGAUAGAUAAAAUAUCUCGGUCCAAACCGCGAAACGGUACACCGCGAAAUGGUACUGACCGCGAAUUGACAUGCCGCCAAAUGGUACUAACCGCGAAAUGUCGUAUCGCGACAUGACAAACCGCGAAAUGAUACACCGCGAAGUGGAUUACCGCAAAAUGUUAUACAAUCCUUUUAAACAAAACUACACGAAACCCCGCUUUUAACCAAUACACUUGCAUAAGAAUUCUUCUAGUUCACUUCAACUCAAGAUAAGUUCAGAAUUUUAUUUAUCGAAUCUUACCAAGUAGGGUAUAAUAAAUUGAGAAACAAAACUAUAUAUUGAAAGUCUAAGCAAACAAUUGCAAAACUAUUGAAAAUGGUUGAAAAUGAUUAUUGAACAGUUACAAGUAAAAUGUUAUCGAAGACAAACCCGAAAUGAAGCCUAAUCCCUAACACUAGCACUAACGGAAAGUAAACAGAAAACCAAACUCAAAAAAAGAACUAAUCAAACACAAAUGAAGAUAUAAACCAACAGUAAACAAAAAUUUCACUAGUCAAGACUAAUUGGUAAACGCGUUGCAGCAGAAAUACUUUCUAGUGAAUUGCUACCAAAUGAGAAGUGAGUUAUAAUCUUUCCUAAGUCCUUAAACUUCCCCGCUGAAGAACGGAAGCAGCAAGUCAGCUCUAGUGAAUCUCGAUUGCUUAAUGUAGACGAAAAAUUUAUGAUUUCUAAUUCGUUGCAAGCGCUCGAAAAACUUUGGCAAUGUGAACUUUGGGUGCCAUUGUCGUAACGCUGCACUGAAACUAUUGAAAGUGAAAUAUUUCGUUCAAAGAUCUAUUAACCAACGAGCUCCGCAAUAUUGCGGUAACCUUGCUUGCUAUACUGUCAUGGACUCUCAUAACGGAAGUAAAUCAAGAUUUAUUGAGCAAAUUGAAA